AUAAAUAUGCAACAGGUGUGUCAGGUGAUACGAGUCGUUUAUUUGAAAAAAUUAUUCGAACGUUGUCGAAUUUAACAGAAUUUCUAAAGCUUUUUAAAAAACAUGACAACCUUGUCCUACAGUUAUAUGCCUGAUUAUUUUUCUUUGACGGAUAUUUUGUGUACAGAAGAACGAAUAUCGUGCAAAGUCGAGGUUACAUUACCUCGCUUAGGUUUCCUAGAUCUUUCCUCUGAGUCUGAGGAUUUAAAAAUAGGUACAAAGUUAGAACUUCCACUGUGGCUGGCACAGCCGUUGAAUAUAGCGAGAGAAUCAAUAGUCAGUGUAGACAUACCCAAAACAUACAAGGAAGGUUACAGAGAAAUAUUAUUAGCGGAUGCCUGUACGGUUGUACUGAAUAAAUGGAAUCCAUAUUAUUAUGAACUAGGGAUGUAUUUAAGAAAAUUCAAUAAUCGUGAUUGUGAAAUAAUAAUUGACAGUUUGUUAUUGACCUUCAGAUCAAGAUUCAGAUUAGUUAUGGACUGGGCACAAAAUCCUGUUUCCGAUCCCACACUCAAUAGUUUACUGCCAAGAUUAGAGAGAGAUUUAUUUCUUGCAGGUAGGAAAGCCAAAUUGCAAUUAAAUGAAUGGUUAAAGAAAGGUUCAAAUGUUAUCGAAACUUCACAGAGUGCAGUAAAUCUUAAGAAACGUAAACGAACAGAUUAUGAACUUGAUUAAAAUUGCAUGAAAUUUGUGAUAAAAUAAUAAUUUCAAAAUUCAAUAAUUAUAAUGUCUGAAUAAUGUAAUGCAAUGUUUUAAGCCCAGUUCCACAAAUUAUUCUAACUGAAGUUUAGCUGGUUAAAGGAGGAUUUACAUGGCGUCAAAAGUCCACUGUAUCCAAUCGGACGUCAUCGGACAUUGGACGCAAUGUAAAUCCUCCUUUAACGAGCUAAAUUUCGGUUAGAGUAAGUUGUGGAACUGGGCCUUAUAUAGACAAUUGUAUAAUGUAGGAGAAGAUAUACUUAUGCAUAAUAUUAAAUAAAAUUUAUUGUAUAAUGAAACUACAUAUAUCUCUUUAUAUAAGAAUAUCUAUGUGAGUUCUAUUUAUUAAAUAACAAAAAUUUAUUUACACAUCUUGGAAUCAGUCAUUCGAACUGUUAACAAUGUAUAGAAAGAACAAAAGAUCGUAAAACAUCGUGCAACAAAGGAUCAUAUUUAUUUCACAACCCACGACUAACAGUUAUUAAAAUAUAUAUCUUAACAGAUAUAUAAUAUACAUAAAACACUAAUAUAAUUCUUCAUGUGAAAUAUCUCUUCAUUAUUAAUAAUAACAAUUGUUUUCUUCUGUUGCAUUAUUACAUAUCUUAUAUUAAAUGUUAAUGUUGUUUAAAUUCUUUUUCGUACAAAAAUAGAAAAUAUAUUCGCCGGACUUAUAGUAAAAUCUAUGACUUACACUAUAAAACAUAGGUCUUUUUGUAUACUACUAUAUAUAUAUUGUUGAAACUUUAUAGAAAUGUAAUGUAUGACAUAAAAUAAAUGUCAUCAAGAAUUAUUCAGAAUUUAAUAAUGCAAAUAUGACACAAAAUUAUUAUAAUGACUCAAUAUUAGACUUAUUAUAAAGACUCAUACAAAUCAUAGUAAAAUUUA